AUGGGUGGCUCCGAAAGGGCGCGUGCUAUGUUCUUUUCCCAUGGGUCUGGCCCCUAUGUGCUUAUGGGAAACGACCACCAACGACCGUUGAUCAACGUUUUGCAAUCCCAUGCCCACAUCCUCGACAAUGCCCGCGGCAUCAUCGUGUUUACUGCCCAUUGGGAGACGACACACCCUCAUAUAUCUGCAACGCCCAAUCCACAGCUCUACUAUGACUAUGCUGGCACACCUGGUCUUCCACAGGAGGCAUUCGAAUACCGAUACGAUGCGCCAGGAGACCCUGAUUUAGCAGCUCGGAUCGCUAGUACUUUACAAGCUGCAGGAUUCCAGCCAAUAUUGAAUACUGAACGAGGAUGGGACCACGGGGUGUUUGUACCUUUGAUCGUCAUGCGGCCACAAGCAGAUUUGCCUGUCAUCCAAAUGAGCAUACUCAAGGGAGAAUCAGAUGAGUCUGAGGCAGAGAGAAAUCUCAGAUACGGUGCUGCCAUGGAAAGAUUCAGAGAUGAAGGUUAUGUGUUCUUGUUCAGCGGCUCCUCAUAUCACCAUCUGGCAAAAGUCUUGGAGGCACUCCCAGAAAGAAUGGGGAAUGGAAAAGUGGACGUGUCCACGCAAGAAUUCGAAGCUGAGCUUGAGCGUGUUGCUGCAAUUUCGGAUGCAGACAAGAGGUCCGCUAUUCUGAGAACAUGGCGGCAAUUUCCUCAAAGCUAUGAGGCCCACCCCGCUGGCAAAGCAGAGCAUUUCAUGCCCUUCCUAAUCGGUUCUGGAGCGGCUGGGAACGACAAGGGUGAGAGGACGCAAUCCUGGGAGCUGUUCGGGGCCACCAUGAGCACCUUUGUCUGGUGA